AUGAUCCCGGCGGUCUCCCAAGUUAUACAACUGGGUGAGGGUGUUGUCCGCAAAGUACCAGUUCCAAGAAUCAGCUUUGCCUUCGAAUAUGUCCCCAUUGGCAUCGAAUAUUUUCCUAGGAGCUUUCCUCUCCAUUUUGAGUCGAGAUCUGGACCGCUCAAAUGUGGCGAUCUUCACGCGAUCUUCACGCCUGACAACAGAGACUCGUGGACCGAGGCAAGGCAGACGCUCCAGGAGCUCGAUCGCGACAAUGCUGUUAGCAUCGCCACUAUCGAAACCUUGGCUUUAAUAGUCGCUUUGGAUGAAGCGCCACCUCUGACUGCAACCGAGCCCGUAAGCCAGUUCCACUAUGGAGGUAAAAACGAUGCGGCAAACCGUUGGCAAGACAAGUCAAUUCAGUUCGUGAUCUGCAGCAAGGGUAUUUCCGGUAUUGUUGGCGAACACACAAUGCUGGAUGCUCUGACUUUAGAUGAGCUCAUGGGUGAUCAAUUUACAGCCACCCACGCUUCACGCUCGCGCCAUGCCGCGCACGACGGCCUCAUCCCUGUUUACAUGCCUCUCAAGACAGACACGGCACUUGACACUCGCAUGAUCAAAGUCCAAGGCGAGUACACGGCAAGCAUGGCAAGCAUGGCAGGCUCUGAGCACGUAAACAUGCUCUCCGGUGGCUACGGCGCAGCCUUUUUGCGGGCCCAGAAGUUGUCCCCUAAGAGCGUCUUCCAAAUGGUCGUCCAGCUUGCCGCCCUCGCCACGUUUAGCUACAUCCCCCCAUGUUGGGAGACGGUCAAUCAAGCACACUGCCAUCUCGGCCGCGUCGACAUCAUCCAGGUCGUCGUGCCCGCCGUCGUCACCUUCGUGCAGGCUGCCGCGGACUCUCCGGUCCCAAUGUCACAACGCCGCGCUCUUCUCGUCAACGCGACUCACGCCCACUCACGACCAUGA